GCAUCUGACUGCAGUGUCUGCCUGCAGUGUCCAACAGCAGUGACGGCUGCAGUAGCUGACUGCGGUAUCCAGGUGCAGUGCCCGGCUGCAGUGACGUCUGCAGUAUCCAACUGCAGUGUCCAGCUGCAGUGCCCGGCUGCAGUGUCUGGCUGCAGUAGCUGACUGCAUUGUCCAGCUGCAGUGCCCGGCUGCACUGCCCGACUGCAUCGUCGCGCCCCGGCCCUGCCCGGCCGCCAUGGGCAACACGGACGACGCCAAGGCGGACGAGGCGCAGCUGGUGCGCUCGGAGAGUGCCGCCCAGGGCAGCAGCAGCAAGGACGGCCUCGACUGCGUGGCGCUCAACAUCAUCUACAAGAAGCAGAAGCUGCAGGUGCAGGCGGCGCUUGAUGACACGGUCGAGGCGCUGAAGAAGCAGCUGCAUCCGCUCAUCGAUGUGCCACCCAGCAUGCAGAAGGUGAUGAUCAAGGGCCUGGCCCGGGACGACAAGACUCUGCGCGAGCUGGGCGUGGCCAGCGGUGCCAAGGUCAUGGUGGUCGGCUCCACGCUCAACGACGUGCUCUCGGUGGCCAAGCCAGAGGCCAAGAGUUCUAAAGAGGAGGCGAAGGCCGAGGAGCCGGACAAAGAGAAGCUGUGCGAAAUGAAGCAGCACAAGAAGAUCCUGGACAAGGGCAAGCCGGACGACGUCAUGCCCGGCAACAGGAACAUCAACGAGCCGCUGCCGCCGACGCCGCUGUCCGGCAUGCUGAACCGCACCGGCGGCAAGGUGCGGCUCACCUUCAAGCUGGAGUCGGACCAGCUGUGGAUCGGCACCAAGGAGCGCACCGAGAAGGUCUCCAUGUCCAGCGUCAAGGCCAUCGUGUCGGAACCCAUCGCCGGCUACGAGGACUACCACAUCAUGGGUGUGCAGCUGGGUCCGACCGAGGCGUCGCGUACUGGGUGUACUGGGUGCCCGCCCAGUACGUCAGCGCCAUCAAGGACAUAGUGCUGGGCAAGUGGCAGUACUUCUGACCGCGCGGCGGCCCGCCUGCAGGCUGUCGUUCGUCCGUCUGGCAAGAGAUGGCGCCAGCGGUGCGGUGCCCCGCAGCCUCUGAAGUGUAUUUUUGUACGUUUGUAAUGUUCUGACGCCGCCGUGUGCACUGUACAGGGGCGGGGGCGAGCGGGCUCUGGUUUUGUUGCCGAGUGCGGUUAUUGUGGUGAGCCCGUGCCGGGGUCGGCCGGCCGGCCGGCCGGCGGGCCGGCAGGCGGUCUGCCCCCACCGCCAGGUGUGUUUGAGUGUGGAGGUCACGGUGCAGCCGACAGACUGCCGAGCGGGGUGACGGUGGGUGGCGGGAGAGGAUCGCCGGUCCCACUGACGACAGUCAGACACCCUCGACGGCAGCUCGCGCUCGGCGAGCGGCGUGCAGCAUCGCCGCUCGAGAGAUGAGAGGCGGCGUCGAGCGGCGCCACGCCGCGGGAGGCGCCGCCCUAACGUGAGGGCGCGGCGCUGACUACGUCGUAUCGGCACUGUGGCGAGAGCACUUUCAACAGGACGACGUUUGCGUGCUUUGAACCGAGGCGGCACCGUGCGCGCACCGGGCUGUUGGCGUGCUGGGAGAUGAAGCUCCUGUGGACGGCGCGACGUCUCCG